AUGGGGCAGACGGCCCUGGCGGGGGGCAGCGGCCCCUCCGACGCCCCCGGGGUCGCCUCGGGCCCGCGCCCCCCGGAGCCGUCGUGCCCCGAGGGUCUGGGGGAGCUGCUGGCGGCGGCCCCGGCGGACCCGGGGGCGCAGCGGCGGCACGGCUGGAACCCCGACGACUGCUCCGACAACAUCGACGUGCACGAGGGCGGCCUGGUCUUCGAGCGCCGGCCGGUGGCCCAGACCACCGACGGGGUCCGGGGCAAGUGCGGCUACUGGCGGGGCCUGCACGCCUGGGAGAUCUGCUGGCCCCCGGCGCAGAGGGGCACGCACGCCGUGGUCGGGGUGGCCACGGCCCGGGCCCCGCUGCGGGUGGACCGCUACGCCCCCUUGCUGGGCAGCGACCGGGAGUCCUGGGGCUGGGACAUCACCCGGGGUCACCUCUACCACCGGGCCGAGGAGGGGGCCGCGGCCGCCCGCUACCCCGCGGCCUCGGGGGUCGGCGGGGUCGCCGACGCGCCCUUGGAGGUGCCCGAGCGGCUGGUGGUGGUCCUGGACAUGGAGGAGGGCACCCUGGGCUACGCCGUCGGGGGUGCCUACCUGGGCCCGGCCUUCCGCGGCCUCGGGGGUCGCACCCUGUACCCGGCCGUCAGCGCCGUGUGGGGACAGUGCCGCGUCCGAAUCCGGUACCUGGGGGAGUGGAGAGUGAAGCCCCACUCCCUCCUCCACCUGAGCCGGCUGUGUGUGCGGAGCAUCCUGGGAGAGGCCCGGCUGGGCGAGGUGGCUACGCUGCCCCUGCCCCCGGCCCUGAAGAGAUACCUGCUCUACCAGUGACCCCUGCCACCCCCCUGCCGCUAGCCAGACCGACCGACGCCGCCAACGCGGACUCCAGGCCCGCUUGCGGCCGGCGAGGUGGGGAUGGCUACGCCCAGACGGGAAAGAGAAGCCCCCAGGACCCUCUUUUUUCCCCCCCGUUGUCUUCAUCAGAAAUGAAAUCGCCUUGGUACGGGCA